AUGGCAAGGUGCGCACGCCUUUCCCGUGCGGUGUGUGUCGGGCUCAGAAUCUCCGUGCUGCAGCCCGAAGUCGGGAGAUUUCCUGCUCCGGGCGAUCAGCCUGCCCCUAAAAGUAUCCAAGACCCCGAGCCGUGCACAAAACUGCCUCCCCAGAGAAAGGCUAGUCCCUUUCCCGCCGUCCGCUUGGCCGUGACCGUGGUGGAGGAGAGCACGUGGCUGCCGAAGCUGCCGGCAGGCGGCGAGCCCGCGAGCGAGGGGUGCCGCCGCGCGCCCGUGUCCGCGCGCGGCCUCGCCCGGGCCGGGUGCGGCCUGGCGCUGGGCAGCUGGAAGCCGGGGCGCCGUCCCCUGGAGAAGCCGAGGCUGUACCCCGGCUGCGGCUUCGUCCACAGUCUCGGUGCGCCGGGCGCUUCGGCAGCCGCGUCGCCUGCCCCGGGGGCGCGCUCCAGGCCCGUGCUGCGUCCCGGUGCGCAGAGCCGUGGCCGUGGCCGUGGCCCCUGCGCCGGCUCCCCCGAGAACCCCGCAAGGUUCAGAGCAAGCCAAGCCCCGCUUCCCUGGAGGACGAGUCCCCCCCACGGGGCUGCGACGCACACCGAGGAAGCCAGGCUGCGCCCCUUCCGGGGAUGGCCCUUGACCUUGCCGGUGCCCGCGCAGCUGGCCAGAGCCGGCUUUUACCACGUGGGCCCCGGGGACAGGGUGGCCUGCUUCGCCGGCGGCGGGAGGCUGAGCAGCCCGGAGCCGGCGGACGACGCGCUCUCGGAGCACCUGCGACGCUUCCCCCUCUGCCCCUUCGUGGAAAGCCGGCUUCGGGACGGCCCGCGGGGCGCCGUGUCCAACCGGGCCAUGCAGACGCACGCGGCGCGCGCCCGCCCCUUCCGCGGCCCCGCAGCUGCCCCCGCCGCCUUCUCCCGCGCGGGUGAGGGCCCGGGGCGCGGCCGGCCUUCCCGUGUCCCCGUAGCGCGUCUCGGCGGGGUCCCCGUGCCGACUCACGGCUGUGCUCCAACACCGAUUUCAGGCCGCAGCGACGACGUCAGAUGCUUCAGCUGUGACGGCGGCCUGCGGUGUUGGGAGUCCGGAGACCACCCGUGGGUGGAGCACGCCAAGUGGUUUCCAAGGUGUGAGUACUUGAUACGAAUCAAAGGACAUGAGUUCAUCAGUCAGAUUCAAGCCAGUCACCCCUGUCUACUUGAACAAUUGUUAUCUACUUCAGACAACACAGAAGAUGAAAAUGGUGAGUCGCCAAGUAUUUUUCAUCUUGGGCCUGGAGAAAGCUCCUCCGAAGAUGCCAUCAUGAUGAACGCACCCGUGGUGAAAGCGGCCUUGGAGAUGGGCUUCAGUAGGAGCCUGCUGGUGAAGCAGACCGUUCAGAGUAAGAUCCUCACAAGUGGUGAGAACUACAAGACGGUGAAUGAUAUUGUAUCAGAUUUACUUCAUGCAGAAGAUGAAAUCAGGGAAGAGGAGAAAGGAAGGGCAGCCGAGGAACAAGAAUCAGAUGAUGUCUCAUUAAUCCGGAAGAACAGAAUGGCGCUUUUCCAACAUCUGACUUCCGUGCGCCCCAUCCUGGACGGUCUCCUCGCGGCCAGAGUGCUCACGGAGCAGGAACACGGUGUCAUUACACAGAAAGCACAGACAUCGCUGCAAGCCAGAUUGCUCAUUGAUGCUGUGUUAGUGAAAGGAAGCUUUGCAGUCGCCGCAUUUAAAAACUCUCUACUGGAAACGGACCCCGUGUUAUACAAGCGCUUCUUCGUGGAACAGGACCUAAGGUCUAUUCCCACAGAAGAUGUUCCAGGUCUGUGUCUGGAGGAGCAGCUGCGGAGGCUGCAGGAGGAACGAACCUGUAAAAUGUGCAUGGACCGAGAAGUGUCCGUCGUGUUCAUCCCCUGCGGCCACCUGGUGGUGUGCAAAGACUGCGCCCCUUUGCUCCGAAAGUGCCCUAUUUGCAGGGGCACAAUCAAGGGUACCGUUUGUACGUUUCUCUCGUGAAGAAGAGCCAAAACUUUGUCUCAAACUUUAGAAUUAAUGGAUUAAAUGUAAUGUAUUUUUUACUUCCAUAAUGAUUUGCUUUCCUUAAGAUCUUUUUUAUCUAUUUGCAGCUGAACUGUUUUAUAUAAAUAUACAUCUAAAACAUAUCCACCAUACAUAUAUUAGCAAGAAAAUGGCGGGCUUUUCAUGUGAACAGUAGCAGACAUAGCACUACACGCUCGAUACUUAAUCCAAGUGUCAGCACGUUCGAAAUCGUAAGGGAAGUAAAAUUUAAAAUUUUGAAAUAAGUUUUCAGAAUUUUAAAUUCUUGGGGC